AUGAGUUCGUUCAGCACGAGGGCCCUGACGCUGCUCUCGUCGGUCUUCGGGGCGUGUGGUCUGCUGUUGGUGGGCGUGGCCGUGUCGACGGAUUACUGGCUGCUGAUGGAGGAGGGGAUCGUCCUGCAGCAGAACCAGACCACUGAGACCAAGAUGGCGCUGCACUCAGGGCUGUGGAGGGUCUGCUUCGUGGCAGGACCAGAGACGGGGAGAUGUGUGGCGGCAGAGUAUUUCACGGAGCCAGAGAUCGAGAUCACAACAGAGAACACAGCCAACAUACUCAAAAUGGUCCGCACCGCCACUCCCUUCCCCAUGGUCUCCCUGCUCUUCGUCUUCACCGCCUUCAUCAUCAGCAACAUCGGACACAUCCGGCCGCAGCGCACCAUCCUCGCCUUCGUGUCGGGGAUCUUCUUCAUACUGUCAGGUUCAUGA